CUUUUUCUCGUCACUUUUGUGGGGACAAAGGUCAACAAUAUGCCUUGACCAUGGAACGAUGAUUAAUCACCAACGUCUAUACAGCAAAUACCAUGAUGUAAUGCAGAUUGCAGCUGCACAUAUUAACCCGCCAACCCCCUAAAAAUAAGUUAAUCCCCCGAUCAUCACCAAGGUAGCAGAGUUCAUGUAGUUGUACAAGUACAACCAAGCUAAUUACCAAGGCAUCAUAAGCUUAGUUCAAAACAAAGAAGUGGCCUAGGGAUAGUAGGAGCACAUAGGUGGUAGUACCAUGACAGCGCUUAGCAGCGUAGGAGUAGUACAUGUUGUAUGUAUCUAUCAUCACUGCUGCUGCUGCUGCUGCUUUUAUUUUUGGGGGGCGAAGGGAGGGGACACACAAGCUUUUGCAUGCAUUGGCAGCUGUGUAUGGAAAGGGAAAGAUCCCUGCCGAGAAAACAGAGGCAUUUGCAAAGGAAGAGAGAGCAUGCCAUGCCAUGCAUGGCGGAAUGCCACCACACCACACCACGGAGAGAAGAGAGAGAGAGUGUGUGUGUAUGAGAGCGGAGGGAGCAAAGCCUGACGAGGCUAUGCAAAGCCGCAGCAUCCACCACCCUCGAGGCCUCGAUAAAGAGACAAGGUCCUCCUCCCUCCUCUCCUCUCCUCUCAGCUCAGCUCAGCUCAGCUCAGGCCAUCCAUCCAGUCCAGUGUGCAUGGAGCGAGGUCUGUAAAGAUAAAGUAAAGCAGCCCCAAAAGAAGGCAGCAGCAACAGCUACCCAAGCUAGCAACAGUGAUCACGCCAAAGUAGACACCUAGAGUAGCUAGCAGCAAAACUGAUCCAUAAAGAGGGAGGGACGCCGCUCUCGCCUCAUCAGAAUCAUCAUCAUCAGCAGCAAGCAAAGGAGGAGGAGGAGGCGGUGGUGACAAGAAGAAGAAGAAGUAGAAACCACACCAACGAGUGAGAGGAGGAGCUUCUUCUUCGCGGGGUGUGGGGGUGGGGGUGAGGACACCUCAUCGAGUGAUGCGCGCCGGGGCCUACACCAUCCACCAGUCGCUCACCGCCGAGGCGGCCGCGGUGCUCAAGCUCGCCGUCGGCCUCGCGCGCCGACGCGGCCAUGGGCAGGUCACGCCGCUGCACGUCGCCUUCGCGCUGCUCAGCUCCGCCUGCUCGCAGCCGCUCGCCUGCGCCGCCACCGCGCCGGCGUACGGGCUGCUCAGGCGCGCCUGCCUGCGCUCACACUCGGCGGUGCCGCCCGCGCAACACCCGCUCCAGUGCCGCGCGCUCGAGCUCUGCUUCAACGUGGCCCUCAACCGGCUGCCCACCUCUGGGCCGCACUCGCCGCCGCCGUCUUCCGCGCCUCCCUUCGCCUCCUCGCUCAUCCAGCCCAACCCGAUGCUCUCCAACGCGCUUGUCGCCGCGCUCAAGCGCGCGCAGGCCAACCAGCGCCGAGGCUGCGUCGAGCUGCAGCAGCCGCCACCCUCUCCGGGCCCGGUGCAGCACCAAGGCGCACAGCAACAGCAGCUGCAGCAGCCGGUCCUCGCCGUCAAGGUGGAGCUCGACCAGCUCAUCAUCUCCAUUCUUGACGACCCCAGCGUAAGCCGCGUGAUGCGGGAGGCAGGCUUCUCCAGCGCCACCGUCAAGAGCAACCUCGAGGAGGAGAGCGCGCUAAUGAUGUCAUCCUCCUCUUCUUCCCCUCCUCCGCCGGUCAUACCUCCACAUUUCUUCCUCGACCACAGCAGCAUUGACGGCUGCGGCUUCGGGAUGUGGCCUGCACAGUUCUUGACCUCGCCGCCAGUGGCCGUUCCGUGCUGCAAGGAGGACGUGAGGGCGGUCUUGGAGGUAAUGGUGCGGAAGCGGGGGAGAAGGACCAACCCCGUCGUCGUCGGUGACUCGGUGUCGAUGGCGGAGGCCGUCGCCGGCGAGCUGCUGCGGUGUCUGGAGCGCGGAGAAGUCCCCGAGGAGCUCGCCGGCGCGCACCUCCUCAAGCUUCAGCUCUCCUACGUUCACGUCCGGCUCAUGAGCCGAGCCGACGUGGACGCCAAGGCCGCGCAGCUACGUCGCAGCGUGGACGCCGUCCAGCGCGGCGGCCUGGUCGUCUAUGUCGGCGACCUGCGGUGGGCGCUCGAUGAGGAUCCUGCCGGCGCCGGCGCCGACCACACUGCGUCGUCGUACAGCCCCGUGGAGCACAUGGUCGCCGAGCUUGGGCGCCUCCUCGACGACCUCCGGGCACGAUGCCGCGUAUGGCUGGUGGCCACGGCCAGCUACCAGACCUACAUGCGGUGCCAGCACCGGCGUGGGCAGCCAUCGCUAGAGUCCGCCUGGGCGCUGCAGGCCGUCGCGGUCCCCACCGUAAGCGGCACAGGGCUCGCCCUCAACAACCUCCAUUCUUCCUCCUCUCCGAGUAUGCCGAAGGCCAAGGCGAGCGGGCAGCAGCUUGGCAAGAGUCCUAUGGCAAUGGCAGCUGAGCCAAUGGCGCUGGGAAGCGAGCAAGAAGACAAGAUGUUGCUGUGCAGCGAAUGCAACAGGAGCUACGAGAGGGAGGCGUCGGUCGUGAAGCAAGAGGCUGGCACGGAGGGCCUACGCUGCAGCCUCCCAGGCUGGUUGGUGCUGGACAACAAGCCACCGGCCGAUCAUCAAAUGCCACACCAGGGCAAGCAUCUGAUCGAACUGAAGAUGAAAUGGAGCAGGCUGUGCACAAAGCUUCACCUGUGGCGCAGCCAGCAGCAUGAUCCAUGCUCUCCUUCUUGCUUUGUUCCUGGGCUAUCUGCCCCUCCAAACUCGUGGUGGCCGAGUCCUUGCUUGCUGCCGAGCGGCCAGAGCACGCCGAGCAUAGCAGGCUUCUUGGGCUUGGAGGGAUUGAUGGAGCAUUCAAGGAGCAGCAGCAGGUGGUCACCUCCAUCGCCGCUGCCUUGUCCGGGCCUCAUGGAGCCGGAGCGCCUGGACGUCAAGACGACGCUCGCUCUUGGCACCCUCCUCCCACUCUCGGACACAGCGACCUCCGAGGGUCCUGCUCACGAUGGACUGGCGCAUGAGCUGGAGCGGCGGCUGCGCAAAACCAUACCGUGCCAGACUGCAGGCACCGUCGCGGAGAUCGUGGAGGCGGUCGCCAGCAGCCGGAGCUAUGGAAGGAAGGGCGUUUGUCUCUUCUUCAAGGGGAGCGACCACGCCGCACAGCAUCGGGCGGCUGUGGUGAUCGCCGAGACAUGCUGUGGCUCGGCCGAUCAGAUCAUAGCCGCGGAUCCCAAGAAAUACAGCUGCGCCGAGGAUUUCUGCUCUGAUGUGGUCUCGAGGGCCUGCACGCUCAGUUGCAGCAGACUCGUGCUCGUCAUCCCCGACGUCGAGCACGCGCCGCGGCACCUUGUCGAUUAUCUCGUGGCAGAAUCCAGAUGCGGUUGUAUCAAGGACCAUCUCGGCCGGGAACUCAAGCUCUCUGGAUCCAUCAUCAUCUUCACAACAUCAGAGUUUGCAAACCGGGCCACCGACGUCAUCAGCCUGCGGUUAUGGACAUCGUCGUCGCCCGCCGAUGUCAAGAGGAAGGCAGAGAUCGAGCCACCGACAAGGGAGUGCAAGAGGGCACGGCACGGCUCCGGCUCCGACUCCGGCCAUGGCAUCGACCUCAACAUCAACCCCUGUGCCGGCAACGACACUGACGACGAUGCUGUUCCGAGCGACAUCACCCACGAGAGCGACACCAGGGAACACGGAGACUUGCACCACCUCCUCGAGUCGGUCGCCACCGGCGUCCUCGCCCUUGACAAGGGCGCCGACGCUGACCAGCGCGCCGCGGCGGCCAUCCGUGAAGUGCUCGUUGGGGCGCUCGGCCGGGAGGUGCACCUGGACGACGAGGCGGCCGAGGCUCUGACCGCGGCUUCUCAACACUUUCUAGACAAGGUGCUGUGGAGGUGGGCGGUGGAGGUGUUUGAACCUGCGGCGGCCGCGGCGCUGGUGGAAAAUGGCGGGAAGGUGGUGGUGCUGGGAAUGGGGCCAGGGGGCGGGGCCCAGGUGUCAGGGUUCAUGGGCUCGGCCCUUCCAAGCAGGGUCCUUGUAGACUGAGCUCACAAAGUUUUGCUUCCUCGCGGUGUACUGAGUCAUUGGUUACUUACUCCACUACUUAGCUCUUUUUUUCUUUUUGAGAGAAACUACUUAGCUCAAUUUGUUGUAUGUAGAAAAAAAUUAUGGACUUGAAAUGGAGUCUUUCGGGGGGUUUACUCUAA